AUGUUUGCACUAAAAUUGCCCCUCUCCAGCCUCCUCCUCUUUGUUCUGCUUACUUUUGUUGCUUUUGCACAAAAGGCACCCAACUUUAGUACAAAGCAAACUCCAUUUCCCAAGGCGAGACAAGUAUCAAAAACGUGGUCUUACCGUUCAGCAAAAGCGCACGGCAAUGUUACUUAUCCGGAUCCCUACUUUUGGAUGGAGAGACCUUACACAACGGAUAAAGAAGUUCAACAAUUUGCUGCUAAUCAACAAGCAUUUACGGAAAAGUAUAUGAGCAAAUGUACAAACGCAAAUGCAAUUGAUAAAUCGAUCAGGGAUGCGUAUGAUUUCAAUGAUUAUUUCGGUUUCACGUUUAUGGAUGAUCAAAAGAAUCCAUUUUAUUUUUUCAGCUUAAAACGAAUUGGCGAAAAUCGAAAAACGUACUACAUUGCUACUCCGGCCGAAUUUGAAGCAGCAUCAAAGACAAAUUUCGCAAACCCACCUGGUCGUAAAUUCUUUGACGAAAAUGCAUUGAGCGUGGAUGGAACGGCAAGCUUGUCAACGUACUACUUCAGUUUGGAUUCAAAGUACUUCGCUUAUCUUGUCACCGAAGCUGAUGCAAGUGUUGGUACAUGGUACAUUCGUGAAACAAGUUCACCUUUACUAAAGGCCAGUAAAACUCCAGGCGGUGAUGGUCGUUUGCCAGAAGCUAUUCCACGUUGUGAUGGCAGUCUUAUGUGGAAACCUGAUAGUUCAGGUUUCUAUUACACGCAGGUCAAUGAUCCAAAAGGAGGUACAAACACGGAUAUAGGCUCAGUCGCACGCUUUCACAAGGUAGGAACUGCCUAUGAAAAGGACAUCCUGAUCGUUCAUGCUGAUCCAAGUCAAGAUAGCUUUUAUACUUUAUACGAAAGCCUCGAUGGACAAUGGCUCAUUCUUAUCAACUCUCAAGGAACGGGUGAAGCGGCAGUCUAUGCUACAAGACCUUUGGAGCAGCCCCUUUCUGACAAGAUGAAGUGGAUCUCGCUCGCUCCUGCGAAAGAAGAUAUCAUUUAUUCUAUCGCAAUCGUUGGUAACACGUUUUAUGCUCAAAGCGAUCACGAUGCACCAAACGGGAAAGUUGUGAAAUAUGAAAUGGAUUGGAGUAAAGCACGCUCUGUGAGCAAAUUGCAAGACUUGAAAGAUAAAGUCAACCCUAUUGACGUAAUUCCAGCUCGUGCCAAUGCGCAAAUGACUUUCUCUUUAGUAUUGGACAACGAUAAAGUCGUUUUGGUGAUGACAGAGAACGGCAAGUACGUUCUUUACCUCUAUAGUCUUCUCACCGGUAAAUUGAUUCAACCAAUUUUGCCCGAAGAGACUUUCACGAUUCAUGAAGUCUACUAUGCUGAUUCGGGUAGCAAGCACAUGAUGGUGACCUAUUGGGGACCAUAUUCACCGCGAAAGAGCGUUCAAAUUGGCUGGGAUGGCACCAAAAUUGUGGCCACAACCUUCUUUGUCGAAACAGUAAAAGGUGUCGCACCGGGUGAUUAUAUCACAGAACAAUUGCAAGCAACCAGUAAAGAUGGAACAAAGGUACCUUUCUUUGCUGUAUACAACAAGAAUACAAAACUGGAUGGUACUGCGCCAGUAAUUAUGCAUUUUGCUGGCGCUUAUGGAAUCAUUGAAAAUUUAUUCUGGUAUCCAUUGCAUUUCUCUAUUAUGCGUUUAUACGGAGCUGUCAUCGUUUAUGCGGGUGUUCGUGGAGGAGGUGAUAAAGGAAAUGAAUGGCGCAUUGCAGGUGAAAGAUUGAAUAGACAAAAUACCUUUGAUGAUAUCAUUGCUGUUGCACAGGAUUUGGUCAAACGCAAAAUUGCUGGUCCAGGAAAGGUAAUCGCAGAAGGACAGGGUGCAGGGGGGACUUUUGCAGCAGUCGUGGGUCGACAAGCUCCACCUAAUACGUUUGGUGCCAUUCUUUCGGAUAUCGCUCCUACGGAUUGGUUUUUGAUUUCUCGUGGUAUAGCAGGUUCAUCUCAAGUUGCAGAUUUCGGUGAUCCGAAUAAUGCGACAGAAUUCGAUGUAAUUCGUUCAUGGAGUCCGUUGCAGAACAUCGAUCCAACAAAACAGAAAGUUUUUCCGCCAAUUCUUUUGACACCUUCCGAUUCUGAUCAAUAUACCGCUCCUGCCCAUGCUUUCAAAUAUAUUGCACAACUACAGAACAGCUACCCAAACAGUCCGAAUCCGUUUUUGAUGCAUUUGCAGAAAAAUGCUGGAGGCAACGCAGUUGAUGGCAAUCAAGCAACUUUGAUCAAAAAAGCUUUCCAUCAACAAUGCUUCGUUCAACUUGCUUUGGGUUUGACGCAGCGUGUCUGA